AUGAUGAAACUCACAUGCGGCGCCGAGGAGCAGCUGAAGAAAGACGGUGUGAGCUACCGAGUUGGGAAGUUCCCGUUCAUGGCUAAUAGCAGAGCCAAGGCUAUUGAUACAGCAGAGGGAAGGAUUGGUCAAGAUUUGGCUGAUAAAGAGACGGAAAAGAUCUUGGUAGUUCACAUUAUGUCACCUAACGCGGGAGAGUUGAUCCAUGAGGCGGUUCUGGCGAUUAACUAUGAUGCGUCUAGUGAAGACAUUGCUAGAGUCUGUCACGCUCAUCCCACCAUGAGUGAGGCUAUCAAGGAAGCUGCUAUGGCUACCUACGACAAGCCCAUUCACAUGUAG